AUGGGGACACAGAGCAUCCAGGGAGGCGGUGGUGGGGGCAGAGCUGUCCCCCUNCUAUUGCUGCGCGUGCUGGCGGAGCUGCCGGGCGCGGAGCUAGUGCAGGCCUGCCGCCUGGUGUGCCUGCGCUGGAAGGAGCUGGUGGACGGCGCCCCCCUGUGGCUACUCAAGUGCCAGCAGGAGGGGCUGGUGCCCGAGGGCGGCGCGGAGGACGAGCGGGACCACUGGCAGCAGUUCUACUUCCUGAGCAAGAGGCGGCGAAACCUGCUGCGCAACCCGUGCGGGGAAGAGGAUUUGGAGGGCUGGUGUGACGUGGAGCACGGUGGGGACGGCUGGAGGGUGGAAGAGCUGCCUGGAGACUGUGGGGUGGAAUUCAUCCACGAUGAGGGUGUAAAGAAGUUCUUCGCCUCCUCCUUUGAGUGGUGUCGUAAAGCGCAGGUCAUUGACCUGCAGGCUGAGGGCUACUGGGAGGAGCUGCUGGACACCACUCAGCCGGCCAUCGUGGUGAAGGACUGGUGAGCGCCUUGAGGGGCUGAGGGCG